AUGAGGGCAGAGAUAGCAGCUCUGCGGGCGGAGCGAGAGAACGUGGUGGUAGGAGCUUCGGUGCAGUCGGUGAAUGUACAAACGAUCCACUCUGGAGAUGAGGAGGUCAAUCGGCGGCCUUCAGUGGAGGAGGUGGGAGAAGCUGUUGGAGGAGCAAUUAUAGGAGGAGGACGAGGAAGAGGGACUGGCUGGGGGGAGGUGCCAGCGGGGAGAGGGGCCGGUCAGGGGAAUGGGCCGAACGGGAGGGGAGUCGGUAUAGGAGAGGGGUUGAACGGGGAGGGAGGGGGAGAGACGGUCAAGGAAGGGGAAGGGGCAGAGGAUGAGGCCUUGGAUUGGUUUCACUCACUGCCUCCUCGCAGCAUUGACGGGUUCGUUACCCUGAGGCAGUUGUUUAGCCAGCAGUAUGCUUCAAACCGUUCGCGAGGUUUGACUUAUACGGCCCUUGUCAGGAUGAAACAAGGGCGGGAAGAAUCAUUGAAGGGGUUUAUGGAGCGCUUCAACCGAACCGCUCGGCAGGUGCGGAACGUAGACCAACGGUUGAUAGUAAGCGCACUCACAACAGCGCUUAGACCUGGCCCUUUCGUAGAUUAUCUGUACGAGGAAGAACCCCAAUCUAUGGGUGAGCUGCAGAAUAAGCUGGCCGGGUUUAUACGAAUAGAGGAGGGGAGGUCAUAUCGCAACGAUCAGGGGGAGGAAGGAACAACGAGGGAGAAGUCGGGGCGGGACCGGAGAGGAGAAAAACGGCCGGUCAGUGGGGAGCAUAGGAUGACGGUGAAGCGGGGGGCGGAAAUACAAAGAGCGCAGCAGUAUUUCCAUCACACUCCGUUGAGUGCCCCGAGGGUGAGAGUCUUGGAAGAAGCCUUAAGGGCUAACCUGUUGACGGUGGCACGAUCCCCGACCCCUCGGGGAGCGGACGAGAGUAAGCAUUGCCGUUAUCAUCAAAACAUGGGACAUUCCACAGAGGAUUGUGUAGCGUUGAGGGACAAGUUAGAGAGUCUGGUACAGGCUGGCCAUCUGAGGGAAUUUGUCCGAAGGGAGAAUCCUAACCCGAGAGGGGCCACGGGAAGACACAGGGGUCAAUUACCGGUCGGUCAGAGGCCUCAGCCGACCACCGAACGGACGGAGGGCGAGGGAAGUGGAGGUAGGCCUCUGAGGGGAGUAAUAAACACCAUUUCGGGCGGAUUUGCUGGAGGAGGGGCGUCCUCGGCCGCCCGGAAGCGACAUUUGAGAAACUUGCAUAGCGUGAACAAGGUGGGGAUCGGCAGAAGAACCAUGCCGUCCAUAACAUUCUCGGAUGAGGAUUUCCAUGCGCCGGACCCGGACCAAGAUGACCCCAUGGUCAUAACAGCCAUCAUCGCUCGGUACAGUGUAGGAAAAGUGUUGGUCGAUCAGGGGAGUUCGGCCAAUAUCCUAUACUGGAAGACCUUCCAGCAGAUGGAAAUACCGGACGAGUCCAUCAUGUCGUUUAACGAGCAGAUCUUGGGAUUCGCAGGAGAACGGGUUGACACAAGGGGGUACGUGGAUCUAAGGGUGAGCUUAGGAACGGAGACGGGGGCGAAAGAGCUAAGAGUGUGUUUCCUCCUGGUAGAGGCGGACACUUCUUACAACGUGUUGUUGGGACGACCAUGUCUCAACGCGUUUGGAGCAAUAGUGUCUACCCCGCACUUAGCAAUGAAGUAUCCGGCAGACGACGGCACAAUCCGGACGGUCCGAGCCGAUUAG